AUGGAGGAUUUUCGAAAUCGCAUUCUUCAAGCAAUUCGAGAUGUUAUGAAUCGAGAAAAUCAAAGUGUAAGCUUUUUUUUCGAAAAAUACUUUCCAGAAAACUCCAAGUUUUCAGGAAUCUGGUUUACAAUCUUGGAAUGGUUCUGGAACCAAAGGUUUUGAAAUGAUUUUCGAAAGUGUUCAAAAAUCUGGAAUCCCUGUUGAAUCUGGAAUCGUUGGUCAGAUUUUUAUAACGAAGGAGGGAGGAUUCGAAGUGUUUCUCAAUAUUUAUAUCAUAAAAGGUACUACAAAGAAAAAUAGGAGAAUAAACUAAAAAGUCAUCAAAAAAGAAUAAAACUCUGAAAAAAAGAUGAACAAAAACAUAAUGAAUUAUUCAGUGAAAUGUUUCAGAACUAUACUAAUUUCUAAUUUCAGAUAAUCUUCGAUCAAUUGUGAAAAGUGUAUCAUUUCCGGAUUCUUCAAAUAUUCGAAAUCAAAUCGCUGAAACACUUUCUCCACUUAUUUUAUCAAUUGCAAAUGUCAAAACUCUUGCACAUCUUUUGAUGUUUCCCUUGAUUCGAGAUACUCUUCUCAGUUAUUUGAAUGGCAAAGAUGGUACAAAGUUGGCAUUUUCGAAUAAACCAAUUCGAGAAAUUGUUUUGUCAAGAGAUUGUGAUAAUCGAUUUUGGAGAAAACAUUUGAAAAAAGAAUUUGGAGCUGAAAAACUUCAAGAAGCGACUAGUAUUGGAAGAUCGUUUUAUCGACAAUAUCAAACACAAAAAGCAGAAGCACAUCGAAAUGCAAAUACUUCUAGAGGAUUGGGUCGAUCAUUGUUGGUUGAGAAUCCAAGAAAUCCAUUAUUGAUUGGAGAAUAUCAUCAACCACGUCGACCAUUUGAUCCAGACACUGAGUAAGUUUGUAUUUACAAUCUGAAAAAAAUAAAAUAACUACAUUUUUUUGUAGUAUGACUCUAAAUAUUUUUCAAAUGACAAAAAUAAACAUCAUAAGAGAAAAGACGAGGGAACUUUGAGUUUUCGAAAAAUGAUUCGUUGAAAGAUUCUUAAAAAUUAAUUUAUAAACAAUUAAAAAUCUAAAAUUUUUGCAGAAAACUAUUUUUAUUCAAAAAUGAGUCUGAUUUCUGAGCAUUUUCGAUACACUAGUCGUGAUUUAAACCAAUUUUGUAAAUAAAAAGUAUUUCCUGAAAGUUUCUGACCGAAGACAAUUUGAAAAAUAUUCCUUUUUUAGAUAUUUCCAAGACGACUUCGAUCCACUCAAUCCAAUUCGAAAUCCAAGAUUGCCACCAGGUGAUAAUCGACCAGGAGUCAUCAAUCCAAUUUUCGGACAAAAUCCGAGACGUGGAGGAAAUGCUGGUAACUUAUUUUUUCAAAAUCUCAGUUGUAGCCUCCAAAUCUAAUUUUCUUCUAGAUCUCGAUCCUUUCGGCGAUCCACUUCGCCGCGAAAUGUUCGGACCACCAAGAGGCGGUUUUGGAGGAGGAGGAAACAGGUUCCUUUGA